CCGCGGCCGAAACCAAUCACAGAAAGUAAGGUGCAACCGUCUCCACUCCACACGCCAUAUCCUCGUCACUCGACACUGUGUGUCUGUCGCUUCCCCUGUGGGGCAGCCUGCCCGGGACAGCUUGGUAGCCGGGAGUGAACGUGUGGCGUCGACUGUGUACACCGAGCGGCGGGCUACAUAUUUGUGGGCAACACGCCGACGCCUGGCAGACAGCAUCCCCCAAAGACAAUGGCUCCAGCCCAUCAAGGAAGCCGCGAGCCAAACGCUCUGGCUGAGUUGAACGCUGACGCGGCCGUGGCAGCUGCGGCGCUGGCAGCGGCAGCGGCAGCCAGCGCCAGCGAUGAACAGCAUACACCGGCAUCGCCGCGCGCGGAUGACCACUCUGUAUCCGCCAUCCCAGACGUAUGCGCUGGUGCUGACGCAGGCGCGUCUGCACCCGUGCCGAAACCUAAAGAAGAUCGUAUGCAUGAUGACGGCAGCGGCGAUGACGGCAGCACCCCAGGCACGCAGAGCGUCCCAUCUGUCGCGCCCACCAUGACAGCGCAAGAGUUGCAGAAACUGGCCGUCGAGGCUGCUCGUCAACAGCAAGAACAGCAGCAACGUCAGCAAAGUGCAUCGUCCGAACAACAGAUACAGCGAGCCCAAGCGCAGGGAAGCGACGCGGCAGAUGAGUCGCGCUACCAGGACCUGCUCAGCGGAUGGGCGGCCAAUGCUCAGGACGUGGAUGAGAACCAGCAGGCAUACGGGGCCAAUGGCGCAGACGCGGAUGCGUCGAUGGACGUGUCUCAUCUCGCAGAUAUCAGCACCACUUCGACAGUAGCGGGAGUAGGGGUAGCAGCAACUGGGCCUGGCACGAAAGGGAAGCGUGCGGCAAACACUGAUGAGACCGACACUGAAGGCUCUGCGCGCAAGCACCCGCGCCACAACAACAGCCAUUCCAGUGGCGGGUACAGACCCGGUGAGCGUAACAAGCGGAUCACGCGUUCGCGCAAGGUGAAUAGCUGCCUGCAGUGUCGCGCCAAGAAACAGAAAUGCGACCGACAGCAUCCCGUCUGCGGCAAUUGCCAGCUGCAACAGGCGGGUAAGAACGGUGCGGUCAAGGGGCAGCACAUCGCCUGCACCUACCUUGAUGGACCUUUGCAGGCGCCUGUCAGCGGACAUGGAGUGGCCGGUGCCGACGUGUUGCUAAAUUCUACUUUUGCGAAUGUCACCGCCCUGCCGUCGUCCAACCUCCUAGCGGCUUCCUCGUCUUCUUCCUCUGGUGUCCCGAUCUCUACUGGAGCCAAGGUCGUCCCGCCAGGGCUACGCGACCUGGUGCGACAAGCAUACACCAUCUCGCGCACGCCGGCUCAUGAGUUUCCCAUGCGCGUCAAAGCUGCGCGCGCUGCUGUCGUAGGCUGGACGCUCGCUUCGCACCAUCUCAGCCUGCCGUCUCCCAAGCGCGCUGUGGAGCUGAUGGAGGUGUAUGAUCGGCACAUUGCGUGGUACUGCACAAUCGUUCUGCCGGACCUCGUCACGCCACGUCUGGAGCAUUUCCUAAAGUGGUUUCAUGAAGCGCCGACCGCUCUGCCUGCUGACCCGCCGUUUGUCCCGCUUGCGCUAUCGCUCAUUGCGCUGGCGUUACAGGCGAUCCGGACCACCGGCGACCCACUCUCGCGCCAGCACCUCGUCAUAGAUCCGGACCAGCAGAACACAAGCGGCUCUAUGGCCGACAUUGUUGUCGAGCCGUCGUGCUCGACAGAGCGCCAGCUGCUCGAGCUCGCCGGCCGCUGCAUCGACGGACUGCAGCUUGCGUGUCCCUCAGCGUGGGCAAGUGCGUACCAGGCGCCGAUCGACCUGGUCAAAGCGUCGGUGCUGCGUGCGCUCUGGCACCUCAAUGAGCAGCACAUCUCCUUCGCGGGGACGUGCUUCGGCGUCGCCGUGCGCCUCUCGUACGCUGCCGGCCUGCACCGCGACCCGAAGCACUGGAGCAGCAUCAGCCGUGAGGAGGCGCAGGCGCGCAGGAACCUCUGGUGGAACGUUGUCUACUUUGAGAUCACGCAGAGUGUGCGCAACAACACGCCGUCGUCCGUCACGCCGGGCUCGUUCGACACGGAGCUCCCCAACGACUACGAGGCGAUCCGCAACAUCUACAACAACGCCAUCCGGCACCAGCAGCAAGCUGCGCUGCUAUCUGGCGUUCCCAUCGACAGGCCGUACCAGCACCCGUCGCUAAACCGCGCGAAGGGCCUCACUGGCUUCUUCUCACUCGUGCGGGUGCAGCUACAGCAGGAGGCGCAAAUGCAGCGCGCGAACCGCAUGCCAUCGCACAGCCUUGUCAAGACGAUGGGCGUUGCGUGGGACUCGUUCCGCGCCGACUUGCCUGCAGGCAUACGCGACGCAUUCGACGCCGACACGCAACGGCGCGAGGCGAACGCGCGCAGCGGACUCCCCGCCACGGGCAUCAUUACGCCCGAGACGCGCAUCGAUAAUGCGAACGAUCGCAUCGAUUGGCUUCAGCGCGGCGUCAUGCAGCUCUGCUUCUGGCACGGCCAGAUGACCAUCCAUCGCCCCUAUGCGGACGACGAGUGGAAGCGAGAGGCCAGAGGGAACCUCGAGAAGUGCUUGGUCUCAGCUCAAUGCAUUACCUGGCUCGUCUCUGAGAUCCUAAGGCGCGACCCACCAUUUCUGCUCAUUAGUCUCUGCUCCUACCACGUCUUUGCAGCAGGUGUCAUCCUGGGCAUCUUCAUCCGCGUCGACCCGCGCAACGAUACGGUCGAGCACCUGCGCCGGACGCUCGACAAGGCCAUCACGUGCCUCGAUAGUAUCGCGCACCGCUCCAAGUUUGGCAACGUCGCCGAGCAGGCCGACCGAUACGCCACCGCGCUCAAAGAGAUGGUCGCGCAGGACGCUGACAAAAGGAAGCCGCCGGUCGUCCCGCCGUUCGAAGUGCGGCCCGAACCCGCUGGCGCGCUCACACAGCCACAACAAGAGCAGCACCAGCAACUCACCUCCAGCGGCCCGGACAGUGUACCGCCUCCUGGUCCGGCUCCCGACGCGCAGAAUAUUGCAUGCCAAAAUUCUGCCACGGCAUCGGAGAUCGACACGGCGAACCUUGAACUCCUCGGCAAUCUCGCCGAUGCCAGUGGCGCUGUCGUCGGCGUGCGCAACGUCGAUGCAAGUGCGAAUGCAGGUAAUGAUGGUGGUGACAAGACGGACGGCGAGCGAGCUGCGAACCACCUCGCUAACUGGAUGCGCGAACUGGACGGCAGCUUCAAAGAGAGACCAUUUCCUGGUACAAACUACAAUUAUGCGCCUGGUCCAACUGCAGCGGCGUCUGGUGUCAUCGAUCCUUCUCUCGAAGGCGGCAGCGGCGGCGUGUCUGCGCCAUCUCAGAGCAACCAGCACCAGCACGGUCAGCCUCAGACAUGGCACGGGCAAGGCCAACAGCGGUCCUCGUCGGACCAGCAGGCUUUUUCACCCACCUCCUCUGAUAUGUCUUCCGUCGGCGACUUCGCGCAAAACUGGACUGGCUGGGAACGCUUCGUCGAUUCCGUACUACUCCAAAAAGACGUCGGUAACGGCGAUUUCCUCAGCCUCCUUUCCUAACAAGCUGCCUUUCUUACUGUCAGCGCGGCUUUUGCGUCGAACCAGGUGUCAUCGCAAAACAGAGACUGGCUGGACAAGGACAGAGCAACUGCAUGUAGCCUAUACGAGCGUGGAUCCAAUAUACCAGACCGGAUUGAUAUAAAGCAGAAAU